CGCGCCGCUGCUGCAGCUCACAGCUCGGCGGCGGCACAGCAGCAGCAGCAUCAUGUCUGGCAGAGGCAAGGGCGGGAAGGGGCUCGGCAAGGGCGGCGCCAAGCGCCACCGCAAGGUGCUGCGCGACAACAUCCAGGGCAUCACCAAGCCGGCCAUCCGCCGCCUGGCUCGGCGCGGCGGCGUCAAGCGCAUCUCGGGGCUCAUCUACGAGGAGACGCGCGGCGUGCUCAAGGUCUUCCUGGAGAACGUGAUCCGCGACGCCGUCACCUACACGGAGCACGCCAAGAGGAAGACGGUCACGGCCAUGGACGUGGUCUAUGCCCUCAAGCGCCAGGGACGCACCCUCUACGGCUUCGGCGGCUAAGGCUUCUCACUUUGGCACAAUCUUCAGAACCCAAAGGCUCUUUUCAGAGCCACCCACUUUUUCCUUAAAAAGAGCUGUAUCGUUUUAUUAUUUGCUAAAUUGAUUAUUUCGAUUUUUGUUUUCGUGA